ACUUUAUUUCGGCCCUAAAACCUAACCGCUCGGAGCCCCAAUUGGAUACUGGGCCCUAAUCUCAACCCCCAUCUUCUUCCAGCCCUAAUCCUAACCCUGGUUUCCCUAAACCCAGCCUCAAUCCCCUUAUUCGGGACAAGAGAGGGCGCUUCCCUCCUGGAGAGCAAUCUGUGAGUGACGUGGGUGCCCGGGAUGGGAGCAGGUAUGGACUGUGCAUGGAGUUUGGCCACCUUUGGUGGCCAACCUCCCAACUUAAGCUCCCCCUAACCCGCCCGUGCCGCCUGACCGCCCGCUUGGGUCACCCUAUGUCCUCACAUUGCAACAACUGAGAGGAAAAGGAGUCCCUAAUAAGGGGCAUCAGUAGAACUGUGUAAUAAACAUAUGUGCUUUGGGUGUGCUUUGAUUGUAUACGUGGUUUGGAGGCUCAUUAUAGCUGUAUACAUUCAUUAUUGUUUAUAACCUGAAGCCCAAUUUUGAUUUUGCAAUUUUUAACCCAUUAAUUGGGACACUUUAUGUUAUUAUGAGGACUUUUUAUGGACUACCAUGGACUCAACCUAAAAGAAAGACAUUUCUUUGAAGAAGCCCAGGGCAUUACAUAAUAUUGUGCAUGUUAUACUCAUGACAAGUAUGUUUACAUGUUUCACGGACUUUGGAUGGCCAAUUUGCCUCACCACUGUUCAUUGGUAUGGUUUUACAAUGUUGAAGUUGAUAAUCUGUUCUCCAACGGUUCCUGAAAGCAACAUGUCUGUGUGCGACCAAUCACAACGGUGUUUUAUAAGGACCUUUGACCCUGAGCAUGAGACUCUUUGUUAUUGGCUAUUUUAGCCGGGAACCCAAAGCAUCAUGGGAAAUGUGGUUCCACUCACACAACACCGCAUGGACUUUUUGUUGAACGCACACCACCUGCUUCGAACUGUAUGUUUGGAUUUUUCUAUGUUUUUAGCAAGCCAGCCUGAUGAAGGUACAUCCAGAACCGAAACGUUGCAACAUUGUAAGGCUUGCAUAUUAAUGUAUUUGUGGUUUAUGGAGUAAAAGCUCAUUAAAGCGCUCUUCAAUCACAUGAAAACGAAGUAAGUUCAUUUUGCUACAUACAGCCGUUAGCCUCUAUUAUUAGGCACAUCAGUGCAAAUACAGUAUAGUUAAGGCUAUUAUACGAGCUUCAAGUAUGCCCCCCUGGUACGAGAACGAGCCGUGGAUCGUGGUGCAACACCGGAGGAGACGGGGGACAGACCGUGGAUGGCCGGACACACGGACACGGUCCCCCCGACGCAGCGACCACACGGCCUACGCCUCGGUUACCAGGAGAGAGCGCGGUGAAGGUGGGAGAGACUUUUUCCACCCGUGGCAGCGAAAAUGGAGCGGAGAGCCACGGAUCGUGGACCGCUACGCUGCCCACCAGAGAGAACGAGCCGAACGGGACCGAAUAACGGACCGGGAAUCAACUCAGCAUAAGCGGUAUGUAAAUUCCUCCCGAACGGGCCGGGCCGAGCCUCCACAGAAGAAAAUACAGUCAGAUGAUCCUGACUUCUCAGCCAAGGUUCGCAUCAUUCAUAAACUCAUUAAGACAGUGCACCACUUGAAAAAUGUUUCGGGGGACAUUCCUCCCCCCUCUCUGAACAAAAUAACCCACAAUCUAAUGACUGUGAUUAAGCCAGCCAUCCCCAAUAGAGACACGCAGGAUUCAAUUGAGGACAAUGCUAAGAGCUGGGCUCAUACAACCAUCAUGAUCCUUCGUGAUCAUUAUAAUGAACGCAUGGAGGAGGCAGUUAAGACUCUUUUGGAGUUUCCUGAACAGGACUGGAGAGGCCCGUUUGAGAUGGCAGCAUCCUGGGCCAAAAGGAAUCUGGGCCGCCGUCUUCAACCUGAAUCUUUGGAGCAAACUGAGGCUAUCAUUGUGGCGAAGCUGACAGAUGUGCAGAUAACUAUUGGAUCAACGGAGCGGAGCAGCACCAUUAAUGAACCACAUCAUCAGCCACAAGUAAAUGAAGAGGUGAGACAUUUGGACAUGGCUGCACCCCUCAUCGAGGUAUCACAAUCAGCUUCUCUGCACACACAACCCACAGUACAGCAGGUCAAUACAGACAGGACUGUUUCUGUCACAGUACAAGUUCAUGCUCCACCCACAGUUAACACCACACCCAAAACUACGACUGCUAAGACGUCUGACCCGAUUGGCGGCGAACAGUCACUCUCCAGCAGGACGGAUGAGGGGAGGGACGGCGAUCCGAGACCUGCCCCUCUUCCUGUGGAUCUACAACAGCCAGGGCCCAAUCAAGCGGCACCGAGAGAUCAGAGAGUGAGGAGAACCCCCAUAGCAUUUCAUGGGAUUUUUUUCUGAGGGGAAAUCAUCCCCCGCCAUUCAGCUUCCACAGAACAUGGAGGUUAUGGACCUCCUGCAGGGGGAAUCCACCCCCAAGAGGACCAGCACAGCUCCAGCUGGACAACAGCUAUGCACCCCGACGAGACAUCCAAGCACAAAGAAAAAGCUCAGAGAGUGGAGACUUCAUACAAAGGAAGCAUCGGUCAUCAUCGGAGACUCCAAUGUGGGCAUGAUUCCUCCUUAUGUGACAGAGGAAGUCCAAAUUGACAUCUUCCCAGGAGCCAAAUGGGGCCAUGCAGAGAUCCUUCUGGAUAAAGCAGACACUGACACAUCGGUGGAGAAGCUGGUUCUAUCCUUCGGCCUGAAUAACAGGCGUCAGAGGGAUAAAAAUGCACCAAUAACGGAGCUGAGAAGGGCGCUGUUGGCAGCCAAAGAAAAAUUCCCCAAAGCAGAUAUUUAUAUCCCAGUGAUUAACUUCUCUUCUGCUCUUCCCAAAACAGAACAAGACACAUUAUUGCACAUAAACAAUUUCAUUACAGGUUUAAAGGAGCACAUUCCUGCUCUACCUGCUGAUAAGUUCAGCACGGAAUCAGAUAAUCUCCGCUGGACUGAUAAGACUGCAGAGCACAUGUUGGAUCAUUGGAAUGAUCAUGUUUAUGGAGCAUCUCCAUGAAACCAAUUUGAGUGACUGAUUUUAUGUGCAUUAUGUAUUUCUGUGCUUGAGGAAGGCUUCAGGUGCCAUUAUGUGAGAUUACAAUCCCAAUACAACCCACUAGAGGGUGCUAUAACUCUAAUUAAGGGAAUUUUCCCCGUCUUUUUACUCUUUUGUCCCCUCUUUUUACAAUUUUGACUGAUAUAGGCCCUUUUAUGGCCGUUCCAUUAUAAACUCCUGGCCAUGAAGCUUUCCCUAACCUUAACCUCUUUUAGUCCCAUGCAGGGACUUUAUUUCGGCCCUAAAACCUAACCGCUCGGAGCCCCAAUUGGAUACUGGGCCCUAAUCUCAACCCCCAUCUUCUUCCAGCCCUAAUCCUAACCCUGGUUUCCCUAAACCCAGCCUCAAUCCCCUUAUUCGGGACAAGAGAGGGCGCUUCCCUCCUGGAGAGCAAUCUGUGAGUGACGUGGGUGCCCGGGAUGGGAGCAGGUAUGGACUGUGCAUGGAGUUUGGCCACCUUUGGUGGCCAACCUCCCAACUUAAGCUCCCCCUAACCCGCCCGUGCCGCCUGACCGCCCGCUUGGGUCACCCUAUGUCCUCACAUUGCAACAACUGAGAGGAAAAGGAGUCCCUAAUAAGGGGCAUCAGUAGAACUGUGUAAUAAACAUAUGUGCUUUGGGUGUGCUUUGAUUGUAUACGUGGUUUGGAGGCUCAUUAUAGCUGUAUACAUUCAUUAUUGUUUAUAACCUGAAGCCCAAUUUUGAUUUUGCAAUUUUUAACCCAUUAAUUGGGACACUUUAUGUUAUUAUGAGGACUUUUUAUGGACUACCAUGGACUCAACCUAAAAGAAAGACAUUUCUUUGAAGAAGCCCAGGGCAUUACAUAAUAUUGUGCAUGUUAUACUCAUGACAAGUAUGUUUACAUGUUUCACGGACUUUGGAUGGCCAAUUUGCCUCACCACUGUUCAUUGGUAUGGUUUUACAAUGUUGAAGUUGAUAAUCUGUUCUCCAACGGUUCCUGAAAGCAACAUGUCUGUGUGCGACCAAUCACAACGGUGUUUUAUAAGGACCUUUGACCCUGAGCAUGAGACUCUUUGUUAUUGGCUAUUUUAGCCGGGAACCCAAAGCAUCAUGGGAAAUGUGGUUCCACUCACACAACACCGCAUGGACUUUUUGUUGAACGCACACCACCUGCUUCGAACUGUAUGUUUGGAUUUUUCUAUGUUUUUAGCAAGCCAGCCUGAUGAAGGUACAUCCAGAACCGAAACGUUGCAACAUUGUAAGGCUUGCAUAUUAAUGUAUUUGUGGUUUAUGGAGUAAAAGCUCAUUAAAGCGCUCUUCAAUCACAUGAAAACGAAGUAAGUUCAUUUUGCUACAUACAGCCGUUAGCCUCUAUUAUUAGGCACAUCAGUGCAAAUACAGUAUAGUUAAGGCUAUUAUACGAGCUUCAAGUAUGCCCCCCUGGUACGAGAACGAGCCGUGGAUCGUGGUGCAACACCGGAGGAGACGGGGGACAGACCGUGGAUGGCCGGACACACGGACACGGUCCCCCCGACGCAGCGACCACACGGCCUACGCCUCGGUUACCAGGAGAGAGCGCGGUGAAGGUGGGAGAGACUUUUUCCACCCGUGGCAGCGAAAAUGGAGCGGAGAGCCACGGAUCGUGGACCGCUACGCUGCCCACCAGAGAGAACGAGCCGAACGGGACCGAAUAACGGACCGGGAAUCAACUCAGCAUAAGCGGUAUGUAAAUUCCUCCCGAACGGGCCGGGCCGAGCCUCCACAGAAGAAAAUACAGUCAGAUGAUCCUGACUUCUCAGCCAAGGUUCGCAUCAUUCAUAAACUCAUUAAGACAGUGCACCACUUGAAAAAUGUUUCGGGGGACAUUCCUCCCCCCUCUCUGAACAAAAUAACCCACAAUCUAAUGACUGUGAUUAAGCCAGCCAUCCCCAAUACAGACACGCAGGAUUCAAUUGAGGACAAUGCUAAGAGCUGGGCUCAUACAACCAUCAUGAUCCUUCGUGAUCAUUAUAAUGAACGCAUGGAGGAGGCAGUUAAGACUCUUUUGGAGUUUCCUGAACAGGACUGGAGAGGCCCGUUUGAGAUGGCAGCAUCCUGGGCCAAAAGGAAUCUGGGCCGCCGUCUUCAACCUGAAUCUUUGGAGCAAACUGAGGCUAUCAUUGUGGCGAAGCUGACAGAUGUGCAGAUAACUAUUGGAUCAACGGAGCGGAGCAGCACCAUUAAUGAACCACAUCAUCAGCCACAAGUAAAUGAAGAGGUGAGACAUUUGGACAUGGCUGCACCCCUCAUCGAGGUAUCACAAUCAGCUUCUCUGCACACACAACCCACAGUACAGCAGGUCAAUACAGACAGGACUGUUUCUGUCACAGUACAAGUUCAUGCUCCACCCACAGUUAACACCACACCCAAAACUACGACUGCUAAGACGUCUGACCCGAUUGGCGGCGAACAGUCACUCUCCAGCAGGACGGAUGAGGGGAGGGACGGCGAUCUGAGACCUGCCCCUCUUCCUGUGGAUCUACAACAGCCAGGGCCCAAUCAAGCGGCACCGAGAGAUCAGAGAGUGAGGAGAACCCCCAUAGCAUUUCAUGGGAUUUUUUUCUGAGGGGAAAUCAUCCCCCGCCAUUCAGCUUCCACAGAACAUGGAGGUUAUGGACCUCCUGCAGGGGGAAUCCACCCCCAAGAGGACCAGCACAGCUCCAGCUGGACAACAGCUAUGCACCCCGACGAGACAUCCAAGCACAAAGAAAAAGCUCAGAGAGUGGAGACUUCAUACAAAGGAAGCAUCGGUCAUCAUCGGAGACUCCAAUGUGGGCAUGAUUCCUCCUUAUGUGACAGAGGAAGUCCAAAUUGACAUCUUCCCAGGAGCCAAAUGGGGCCAUGCAGAGAUCCUUCUGGAUAAAGCAGACACUGACACAUCGGUGGAGAAGCUGGUUCUAUCCUUCGGCCUGAAUAACAGGCGUCAGAGGGAUAAAAAUGCACCAAUAACGGAGCUGAGAAGGGCGCUGUUGGCAGCCAAAGAAAAAUUCCCCAAAGCAGAUAUUUAUAUCCCAGUGAUUAACUUCUCUUCUGCUCUUCCCAAAACAGAACAAGACACAUUAUUGCACAUAAACAAUUUCAUUACAGGUUUAAAGGAGCACAUUCCUGCUCUACCUGCUGAUAAGUUCAGCACGGAAUCAGAUAAUCUCCGCUGGACUGAUAAGACUGCAGAGCACAUGUUGGAUCAUUGGAAUGAUCAUGUUUAUGGAGCAUCUCCAUGAAACCAAUUUGAGUGACUGAUUUUAUGUGCAUUAUGUAUUUCUGUGCUUGAGGAAGGCUUCAGGUGCCAUUAUGUGAGAUUACAAUCCCAAUACAACCCACUAGAGGGUGCUAUAACUCUAAUUAAGGGAAUUUUCCCCGUCUUUUUACUCUUUUGUCCCCUCUUUUUACAAUUUUGACUGAUAUAGGCCCUUUUAUGGCCGUUCCAUUAUAAACUCCUGGCCAUGAAGCUUUCCCUAACCUUAACCUCUUUUAGCCCCAUGCAGGGACUUUAUUUCAGCCCUAAAACCUAACCGCUCGGAGCCCCAAUUGGAUAUUGGGCCCUAAUCUCAACCCCCAUCUUCUUCCAGCCCUAAUCCUAACCCUGGUUUCCCUAAACCCAGCCUCAAUCCCCUUAUUCGGGACAAGAGAGGGCGCUUCCCUCCUGGAGAGCAAUCUGUGAGUGACGUGGGUGCCCGGGAUGGGAGCAGGUAUGGACUGUGCAUGGAGUUUGGCCACCUUUGGUGGCCAACCUCCCAACUUAAGCUCCCCCUAACCCCUAACGACUCACGGACCGCUGCUGUACAGAACCUGUGAUGUCCAGACGGUGUUCCUCUGGUGUUCUGCUGUGAAAAAUUUUGGGUUUAGGGAUUAACAUAGUUGCCAUGGUUUCCUUUCUUCUCUUAUUUGUUGUGUGUGAUCAGGACAAUUCUGGAGAAGAUGGGCCUGCACGGGAAAGUCACCCCCUUGCAGGCCAGAAGACAUGAGAUAACUUUAAAGAAUACAAAGAUUGCAAGUAUCCAGGCUCAGGAGAGGGGGUCAGUGGGAAGCCCACUGCUGCUACUUGGCCCUGGUUUGCCCUCAUGGAUGAGGUGAUAGGACAGAGGCCUUCCAUUAAGCCUCUUGUCCAAAUGUCCUCUGUCCCUGAGGACACUCCAGGGCCAAGCACAACAACAGUGGGUGACCAAAACGACAGCGAUGACGAAGCGGCUCAGCCACCUACGACAGGGAGAAAGAGGAAAAGAGACAGGGAUGAUGAGCUGCUAGACCUCAUCAGAGAGGACAUGAGGCAGCAA